AUACCAUGGGAUGUACUCAUACCAAAAUUGAUGAAUCUUUAAGUGAAAAAUUAAGAACUAAAGCUAUUGAAAUAUUCAAAAAAAUAGAUAUCAAAGGAAAUGGUACUAUAGAUAAAUAAGGAACUUAACAAUUUUGGUAUUCUGAUUAUUUAAACAUUUAGGAAGUCUAACUUUGCUAAACUCAAUACUGAAGCAUUAUUUGAUGCUGUAGAUUUUGAUAAAAGUGGAGAUAUCACUGAAGAUGAAUGGAUGGCUUUUUGGGAAAUUGUUAAAUAAAAUGGCUAUUCAGAAGAAGAAAUUAAUUUAGAAGUAUUCUUAUUCUCAUUUCUUUCCAGUUGGAUGAACUUAUGGAAGGCAAAGCUUGGGUUUAAUUUAAGAGAGUUGACAGGUUCAUUAAAAUUGAUGAAAAAAGAAGAGGAUCUAGAGUCAAAUCCAUAGUACAAGAAGAAAAGAAAAAAUUAUCAAUUGUUUAAUCUGCAAGAUUACAUAAAAGUAAAACUAUGCAGAGUGAAGGUUAAGAAUUACUUUAAGAGUAAUAAGAAUAAUCUUGAUUAUAUUAAUGAAAUCACAAAAGAUUUUAUAUUAAACAGCG